AAUUUUCUUUUUGCUUUUUUUAUGUAAACAAGAUGGCUGCACCCAUAAUCGAAGUUUUCAGUACCGAAGAAGAGGUUUCUCAAAAAUUGUGCCAACUUGUUGUUACUAGGGCCAACGCAGCUAUUGAAAGUAAAGGCUUAUUUACUGUGGGAUUUUCAGGAGGCAGUGCUGCUAAAUUUUUAUGCAGUGGUUUACCAAAGUGCAACACAGAUUGGUCCAAGUGGAGAGUUUUCUUCUGCGAUGAAAGACAUGUGCCUUUUGAUGACCCAGAAUGCACGUUUACAAUCUAUAAGGAGAACCUAUUAUCCAAAGUGCCACUUCCUGAGGUGAAUGUGUUCCCUCUAAAUCCUGAUAUAUCAGUGGAGGAAGCUGCUGAAGACUAUGUGAGGAAACUCUACUCUGUAUUUACUACUGAUCCAGUUCCAAGAUUUGAUGUCCUGGUGCUGGGCAUGGGACCUGAUGGACAUACAUGUUCUUUAUUCCCUGGGCAUCCUUUACUCAAGGAAACCAAUCAAAUAGCUGCUGCUAUCAGUGACUCCCCCAAACCUCCACCUAAGAGAGUGACACUAACAUUCCCAACUAUCAACAAUGCCAAAUGUGCAGUUUUUGCAUCAUGUGGUUCAGCUAAAGCUGAUAUAGUACAAAAAGUUUUAGAGGAUACUUCGGGUGAACUUCUUCCUGCAGCUAGAGUUCGUCCUGUUAAAGGGGAAGUAAUCUGGUUUCUGGAUAAAGGGGCAGCAUCAAAGCUGAAAAAAGUUUAAUUUUUCUUUUGUAUUUUAGUUUGUUUGCUCAUUUUGAUGUAUGAUUUGUAUAUUCUCUUUAGCUUUGUACUAGUCAAGAAUGUAGUGUUUCUUUAUACUUUGUUUUAGUAUUAUUUAAUUCAAAGGUCAAGAGCUUAAAGGUAUUUGUUUUUAAGAACACCUGAAUUUUUAAAAUUUCAAAUGUUUUUGAAACAGUUACCAGUUGACCAAAUCAGAUAGUCUCUAAAUAAAUAUAGAAUUAUAUGACUGUAUGUGACAACGAUCAAGUCUUUAAACAAAAUAUAGAAUUAAAAUGAAUGCAUGGGAUUAUCAUCACCUUCAUGUUCUAAAUCAUAUUGUUUUAUUAAUUUUUGUUUUUAAAAGUUCUCAUUCACAUUGCUAAAAAAAAAUAAGUUUGUGGCCCAGAGCAAUGAAAGGUUAUCUAAGAUGGAGGAGGUACAAUGGCUAGAACAUUUUGGAAAACAUCAAAGAAAAUUGAAAAAAAAAAGUGAAAUUGUUCUGUUCUGCUAUUUAAGGCAUCGGGAAUAAUGUAAGAUUUUUUUUCAUGCUUAAAAAUUGUAUAAUUUUUGUAGUUUCAAUAUUUUUUAAAUUGAUUUUUUGAAAUGUUAGCUUUUAUUUUUUUGUACAGUAAUAAAAUGCAACUUCCUUUUAUCCCAUUAUAUACACUGAGAAUGUCCUUUGACAUGCCUAUUUAGUUGUGGAAGUAUGUCUAGAAAUGUUUUCACCAGGCAUCAUUGUAGGAGAGUUAAUAGAAUAUUAAAUAUAUGCUCUAUCUGCAUCUUCUUCUACCAAUCUCAACUGGAUAUAAGUAUCCCACUGCAUACAUGAAUCUCUGUUAUCACUUGGGAUUGUUCAAAAAGUCACCUGUAUCUAGAAUGGGAGGAAGGAAGGUGGGGUUACAAUACAAGAGCUUCUCUUUGAUAUCAACUGUUUCUAUGCUCUUAUUGUUGUUGUUUUUUUCCAAGCCUGCUCCCUGCUAUCUCUGCUUAGCCCUCUUUUUGGACUUAAAAAGAAAAAAAAAAGUUUUUUUUUAUGUUGAGUUGUCAUCCCUUUUAUCAGAUCAUUGUCUGAGCAGUAGAGCCCCUUUGUUCUAGAGAGUCGGGGAUGGACAAUGAUUAGCUUUUAUGUUUAGGUUCUUGAUGUAAGAGUGGUCAGAAGAACAAAAGCUGUCAGGUUGCUUGUGGCACUUGGUAGUUAACAAAACUCCUAGGAUUUAUAUCUUUAGUUUGGCAACUGGUGCUUUACCUCCACCUCACUUUGUUCCAGAUGUCAACAUUUUAUAUGUAUACUAACUUUACCCAGUGGCUGUGUCUGUUGAUUUGAUCUCAGAUUCAUCACAAUAUAUAUUAGCUUUACCCACACUGGCUGUGUCUGUUGAUUUGAUCUCAGAUUCAUCACAAUAUAUACUAGCUUUACCCACUGGUUGUGUCUGUUGAUUUGAUCUCACUUUCAUCACAAUAUUCUCUUGUUACAAAAUAGCAAGAUGUCCCGCAAGCAGUUCUUUAAAAAUGUAUAAACUUGAGCCCACUUCUCAUAUUCCUUGCCAGCUACCUGCCCACCACUUUCAUUUUGCAUGUCCUGCCAGUUCAUUGGAAAUUCUAAUCUAUAGCUCUUAGUUCUUAAGUUUUGUUGUUUGUUUGUUUUUUU